AGUCUGCCAUUUGUUCCUCAGUGAGUGGAUGUCUGUGCGGGAGGGAGAACGUGCUCAUUAAACCACCAAAAUGUCGGGGAACGUGGGGAUGGAACAGCUCAUCCCCAUUGUGAACAAACUCCAAGAUGCCUUCACACAGUUAGGGGUGCAUAUGCAACUGGAUUUGCCCCAAAUUGCUGUUGUGGGAGGACAGUCCGCGGGCAAGUCCUCCGUGCUAGAGAAUUUCGUCGGGAGGGACUUCCUUCCUCGUGGAUCAGGCAUCGUCACUCGCCGUCCUCUCAUUCUACAGUUGAUUCAUCACCCUCACGAAUAUGGCGAGUUCCUGCACAAGAAGGGCGAGAAGUUCACCAACUUCGAUGAGAUCCGCAAGGAGAUCGAGAACGACACCGACCGGAUCACGGGCAGCAACAAGGGCAUCUCCAACCUGCCCAUCAAUCUCCGCGUCUAUUCGCCCAAUGUGUUGAAUUUAACGCUUAUCGACUUGCCGGGUUUGACCAAAGUGCCCAUUGGUGACCAGCCGGCAGAUAUUGAGCAGCAAAUCCGACAAAUGAUCAUGACCUACAUUCUGAAGGACAGUUGCCUCAUCUUGGCUGUGUCACCUGCCAAUUCUGAUUUGGCUAAUAGUGAUGCACUAAAGUUAUCCAAAGAUGCUGAUCCUGAUGGUAUUCGAACAAUUGGUGUCAUCACAAAGUUAGACUUGAUGGACGAUGGAACAGAUGCCAGAGAUGUGUUGGAAAACAAACUUCUUCCUCUCCGAAGAGGAUAUGUUGGUGUUGUUAAUCGUUCACAGAAGGAUAUUGAGGGCAAGAAGGACAUCAAAGCUGCAAUGGCAGCUGAGCGCAAGUUCUUCCUGGGCCACCCAGCAUACAGGCAUGUUGCAGACCGCAUGGGAACCCCAUACCUGCAGAGAGUACUUAAUCAGCAACUGACCAACCACAUCCGAGAGACACUACCAGGCCUGCGAGACAAACUACAGAAGCAGCUCCUUGCCAUGGAAAAGGAAGUAGAGCAGUACAAGCACUUCCGCCCAGAUGACCCAGCCAUCAAAACUAAAGCUAUGUUACAAAUGAUCCAACAGCUUCAGAAUGACUUUGAGCGAGCAAUUGAAGGAUCAGGAUCUGCUGCCAUAAACACCAAUGAGCUCUCAGGUGGUGCCAGAAUCAACCGCCUCUUCCACGAACGAUUCCCUUAUGAAAUCGUGCGAAUGGAAUUCGACGAGAAAGAACUUAGAAGAGAGAUUGCCUUUGCCAUCCGAAACAUUCAUGGUAUUCGAGUAGGCCUGUUUACCCCUGAUAUGGCCUUCGAUGCCAUUGUUAAGACCCAGAUAAGUAGGCUGAAAGAACCAAGUUUGAAAUGUGUUGACUUGGUUGUGCAAGAACUCACCAAUGUGGUCAGGAACUGUGCUAAUAAGAUGUCCCGGUACCCAAGACUUCAGGAGGAAACAGAACGAAUCAUAACACAACAUAUCAGAGAGCGUGAACAGCUUUGCAAGGAGCACAUUCUUCUCCUGAAUGACUGCGAACUUGCAUACAUGAACACCAACCACGAGGACUUCAUUGGUUUUGCCAAGGCAAAUCAAACUGCCCAGCAAUCUUCAGAGACAUCCAGCAAGUCUGGACGCAAGCUGGGGAACCAGGUGAUCCGAAAAGGCUACAUGUCCAUCUCCAACUUGGGCUUCAUGAAAGGAGGUUCCCGUGACUACUGGUUUGUUCUCACGUCUGAGUCUUUGUCCUGGUACAAGGAUGAGGAUGAGAGAGAUAAGAAGUACAUGCUCAUGCUUGAUGGCUUGAAGCUGAAAGACAUUGAGCAGGGCUUCAUGUCCCGACGCCAUGUCUUUGCUCUCUAUAACCCAGAUCAGCGUAAUGUUUACAAGAAUCCAUCUGCUUCUGCUUCAUACAGUUCAAGACCGGGAAGUAUUUAUAAGGAUUACAAAGAACUACAGUUAGGUGUGGAAACUCAGGAUGACAUGGACUCAUGGAAGGCUUCAUUCCUCCGAGCUGGUGUCUACCCAGAGAAGGUGUCUGACACAAGCAAUGGAGAGGAGUCUGGCAGUGAGAUGUCAACAUCGAUGGAUCCUCAACUAGAGCGUCAAGUCGAGACCAUUAGGAACUUGGUAGAUUCUUACAUGAAAAUUGUCACCAAGACAACACGGGACUUAGUACCAAAGGCUCUCAUGCACCUGAUGAUCAACAAUUCCAAAGAGUUCAUCAUGGGUGAACUUCUAGCUCACCUCUAUGCUUGUGGAGAUCAGAAUGCCAUGAUGGAAGAGAGCCCAGAGGAGGCUCGAAAGCGUGAGGAGAUGCUGCGAAUGUACCAUGCUUGCAAAGAGGCACUCAGAGUAAUUGGAGACGUUUCCAUGGCCACAGUCAGCACACCAAUGCCACCCCCUGUCAAGGAUGACUGGCUUGCAACUGGUCAGGAGAGUCCAAGGAUUGGGCAGACUGGCCCUCCCUCACCUGGAGCCAACAUGAGAAGAGGACCUCCUCCUGCAGUGUCCAGAGCUCCUCCCCCAGUUCCAGGGGGUAGCCGCCCUGCCCCAGCCAUCCCUUCACGUCCCACUCCAGCCCCACCAGCACGUCAGGGGGGAAAUGCGGGGGGACUUCCCCCUCCCCUCAUCCCAUCCCGUUCGGGAGGAGGCGGUGGGUCCUCGAACCCAUCUAUUUCUCAGCGAGUGCAACAAGCAGCUGUGAAUGCUGCCGCAGGCGCUGCUGUCAACGCGGCCACCAACGAACUCCUCUCUUCCUUUGGUUUCAAGAAGUAAUUGUAAAGCUGAUGUCCUUAUUUGUAUUUAUUAUGCUGAUCAAUUGCGGUGUAUAAAGCAAUGUUGCAUUACAAAAAUGAUGCAGAUUGAAGAAUCAAAUAAUGUAAUCAGAGAGUUUAUUAUGAAGUGUGUAUAAAUGCAAAGAUUCAAGAUUUCACUGAAUGUAUCUUUUCUCAGUGAAUAGUAGAAGUGUGUUGUUAAGUUGAGGUUUAUAAGUAGAUGUGGCAUGAUGCUCCAUAUCAACAUUUAUUUAUCCUUUUCUAUGAUUUUUUUGACUUUCACUAAAGUGAAGAUGUAAUUAUAGAUAAUUAACAAAUGAAGUAAUAUGUUAGGUUUUAAAUGAACAGAGCAAGAGAAGAUGGUAAUGGAUUUAUUUGUGUGUGUGUAUGUCUGUAUAUGCUUGUGUAUCUGUAUGUAUAUAUGUAUAUAUACAUACAUAUAUACAUACAUAUAUACAUCUAUUCCAGAUAGAUACACAAAUAAAUUAAAUGGUAUUUUCAGUUAGUCUACCAUACAAUAGUUCUAAAUGAUAGUUCAGCUGUUUGUGAAAGAUCUCGAACAGUCUUUACUGAAACAGCGUGAGUCCUAGGACUUUAAGUUGUAGAAAUAAUUCAAGCUGUUAAAUGAAAAUCUUGCUACCAAUUUCACUUACCUUUAUUCAUGUUACUUUGAAGAUUUCUUUUGAUUUACACAAAAUAGAUAAGCAGUGCUACCACCUUUAAGAACAGCUGCAGGAAACCGUCCUGAGGAGCAAGCAUCACAAAAUUAAGAUGUUCUUUCAGUAGCUUUGAUUGUCAGCUAAUAGGUAUCAUGAGGGAUCCAGCCAGAUGCAUCAUUCACUAACUGAUGUGGUUUUCAAGUGUAUCUUAGCUCAGGCAAUAUGAGUCCUGCUUUUGUUGAAGUGGACAAUUGAUUUUGCAGUACAAAAUGUGUUAAAACUCUAGGGUGACAGACCGAGUUGCGAAUGCAGCUUUGCACCUGAUAUCUCUUUGUUAAGAAAUGUGAGAAACUGUUCAUAGACAGGUUAUCUGGCAUCCAAGGGUUUUCAGUAAAUCUUCUGUGGAUAUAGAGAUUAAAAAAAAAUUGUUAUCUCACAAAUUAGAGUUUGAUUAAUUUAAAGUCGUGCUUAUCAAGUGACUGACAGUUAUUGGCCAAGCUGUUAAGAGUUUCUCUCUUGCUAAUACUAUAAUCGGUUUGUGAGAUCUGUGUUGAUGUAAACCUGAAAGACAGCUAUUCAGCAAGAUGCUGAAGAUAUCAUCAUAUUCUUGCUUUGUUUGUACCCUUUGCACCUUAGCCUAAGGUUACAACAUAGAUACACUUGGUUGAUGUGAUGGAAAUUGUUACAGAACAAUUCAUAAUAAUGUAUGGCUGCUGUUUUCUUUAUCCAACUGCUGAACAGGGUCAAAGUGAGGUGUUUGCUGUGGUAGGCAUGAUUGUUGAUUUUUUUUUUCUGUAUCAUUACUCUUUGGUCUGAUUCAGGAUGAACUUGAAUAUUGUGUUAAAUAUCAGGAAAAAUAUACACUCAUUCCAAAAAUGUGUUGAGAUUGCAUAACCUGUAUUGUAAUCUGUAGAUAGCUAUGUUUAUGUCUAGGAAGGGGGUAAACUAGUGACUUUAGUGCAGUUGAAUUGUUUGCUAUGGUGGUCUGCACCUGAUGAUGAGUGUGGCAUUUGACUGUUGGUGUAGAGGUAAGGCCACUAGAGUCACAAUGCUUCACUCCUCAUUUAGUAUGUGGUAGUGAGUACUGCACAUUGUUGUUGGGGAUAAUUAGAUGCCACAUCAGUGGUUGUUGUAGUUAUACAGUAACUAAAUGUCUGAUAAGUCAACUUUGUAUAUAUAUGUAUAUGGUAGGUGACUGAAUUCAUAGUGUGUUGAUGCAUUUGUAAUGGGUGACUCAAAUGUUCAGCAUGUCUAUAUGACAGAUUUGAUUUCACUGUGUUGUUUUUAUGUGUCAGGGUCCUUCAAUAUUUUUUCUUUCAUUUUUGUUACAUGUUUUAGUAAUUUGUGUUUGUCAAUUAACUUAAGAAGACAGUAUACUCAUGUCAUCUCAUAGGGCCUCAGUCUUUGUUAAUUACUCUUCGUGGAUGUUGAUAUUUCAGAGUUUAUAUAAUGGCAUACACACGUUUGCUAGAAUGUACGUAACUUUGUGUUAUUGGUAAAUUGCUAUCAGUUGUAUUAUAUAUGUGAUUUAUAGAUGAGAAAUGUAAUGAUUUUAUGCACCCAAAAUUGUAAACAUCAUUUGUCAUAUAAAAGUGUGGAAAAGAUGUCAGUAAUUAAUAUUUAAUGCAUAAAAGACAAGAAUUUUAUAGAAUAAAAGAUAAAAUCCAAAGAAUAUCCUAGCCUUACUUCUAUCAUGUAAAAGUGUUCAGUAAUGGCUGUUCCUGCUACAGUUGUGUCACACUAUGCCUUGUUUCUUGCAAUAGUAGAGAGAGAGUAAAUGAUCAAGUAUAAUCUUCUGUCAAGACAGUAUUGAGAUUAAUAAUUUGCUUUAUGAAUGAAGGACACUAGGAUGGCAAAUGGGACAUCACUGUAGUUAUAUCUGUAGCAUCUGUCUCUUCACUGAUGAUUCAUUGCUGGGGCGUCAUCCUGGAGGGCCGCAGAGCCUCGCUGAUAUUGCAGGCCUGGGUGCAGAGGGAGACCUCCAUCAGAUGCAAUAAUAUAAGCAUGUAGGCUCUUUUAGUAUCCGGUCAGUGUCUUUUCUUGUGUGUGAGUAGUUCUUGAUUCCUGUGGUACCUUGUUCUGAUUGUUAUGAAAUUGAUUAUAUUUGGAUUACAGUGAAGAAGAAACAAUAAAGGAAUAUGUGAAGACUGACAUCUCUCAGUAGGAUAAUUAUGGGUCCCUAGUCAGAUUGUGGAGAUGUUGGGAGAAAGUAUUACCAUGAUUAAUUGCAAGAACACUUAUUCAAAACUACUGUAUUUUUCUCUUCAGGAAAUCUAUACUUUUAAUUGAUUUGAAAAAAGAUGUAUGUAUAAAAAUUAUGUUGUAAAGGGUGCUUGAUGCACAAGCUGCCGGCUCUGUUCAUCUGGUGCAUAACGUUUACUCAAAGUGUCUGGAGGCUUCUACCUCAGUCUUGCCAGAUCAUAAUCAACACAUUUAUUAUUUUCUUGAUUGAUGGCCUUAUUGUGCAUGUAUAGGGGUAUCAUGUUUAACCCUCUGUACCUUUGACUGUUAAUGAUUUUCCUCAACCCGAGGACUUGUUAUUUGCACCCAACUCUCCUGAGUAGCUGGCAGAAUGGUGUAAUUGUCCUUGUUACUGUCUGCUAUCUUCCUGUUAAAACCAAGCCAAUGUAAAAUAAAGGACUUAAAUUGAA